AUGGGCUCGCGCAGCCGUGAACGUCGGGCUGAGGCAGUGCAGAGCACCAACGACAGUAGCGCGCUCAGCAAGAGCUCCCUGGCCGCGCGCGGGUACGUGCACGAUGCCUUUGCUGCCUUGUUGGUUCCGGGGACGGCGCGCCGCGCGCCGCUCAUCCACCGCGGCUACUACGUCCGCGCACGCGCCGUGCGGCACUGCGUGCGCGCCUUCGUAGAGCGGACGUGCGCGGCCCCCGGCAGCCCUCGCGCGCAGAUUCUGUCGCUGGGCGCCGGCUCAGACUCACUGUAUUUUCGCCUCAAAACUGCCGGCCGCCUGGCAGAGGCUGCUGUCUGGGAGGUGGACUUUCCGGACGUGGCCGAGCGCAAAGCGCAGAGGAUUCGAGAUACGCCGGAUCUGUGCGCGUUAACCGGGCCUUUCCAGCGCGGAGACCCCGGGUCCAAUCUGUGCUUUGAGAGCUCAGACUACCGCAUCCUGGGCCUGGACCUGCGGCAGCUGCAGCGGCUGGACCAGGCCCUUGCUGCCGCCGGUCUUGACGCGGCCGCCCCGACCCUGCUCCUGGCUGAGGCCGUGCUCACCUACCUUGAGCCGGAUGAUGCCGCGGCCCUCAUCGCCUGGGCCGCCCAGCGGUUUUCUAAUGCCAUUUUCGUCGUCUACGAGCAGAUGAGACCGCAGGACGCCUUUGGCGAGUUCAUGCAGCAACAUUUUCGGCACCUAAAUUCUCCCCUUCAUGGCCUUGACCGCUUUCCCGACGCGGAGGCCCAGCAGAAGCGCUUCCUCCAGGCCGGCUGGACUGCCUGUCGCGCCAUGGACCUGAAUGAAUUCUAUCGCAGCUUUCUCCCCGCAGAAGAACGCCGACGCGUGGAAAAUCUUGAACCUUUUGACGAGUUUGAGGAGUGGCAUCUGAAGUGUGCCCACUAUUUCAUUCUAGCCGCUUCUCGGGGAGACAGCCUCUCCCAGACUCUGGUGUUUCCACCUUCAGAGAUGUUGCCUCGGAUAGAUCCGGCUCCCCCUUCAGGAGUCUUCCCUGCCAGUGUAGUCACUGGGGACACGCAGGGCCCGGGCCUUAGGAGAUAUGGCCACGCCUCUGUCCUUUUGAGCCCAGGCGUUAUUCUCAGUGCAGGAGGAUUUGGAGAGCAGGAGGGGCGACAUUGCCGAGUGAGCAAGUUUCAUAUGCUCUUAAGAUACAGUGACUUUGAAUGGAAAGGCAACCAGAUAGGCAGUUGGGGAACUGGAGCUCAGUGGGAUGGACGCCUUUAUCACACCAUGACAAGACUUUCAGAUACUCAGGUUCUGGUUCUAGGAGGGAGACUGUCCCCAGUAACUCCAGCCUUGGGGAUACUCCAACUUUCUUGUGAGAAAGAGGAUAAUAGCAGUGAGGACCCAAAUGUAACAGUCACGAAGUUCAGUCCAGAAGACUCCACCUUGUCACGUUGGCGCCAUUCAACAACAGAAGUGUCCUGUGAGAAUCAGAAAUAUUUGUUUGUGUAUGGGGGCCGCAGUGUGGCAGAACCUGUACUAAGUGGCUGGCAUUUCCUCCACGUGGGAACAAUGACUUGGGUUAGCAUCCCAGUGGAGGGAGAAGGACCUGAAGGUCGGCAUUCCCACAGUGCCUGCAGCUGGCAAGGGGGAGCCCUCAUUGCUGGAGGUCUGGGUGCUUCUGAGGAGCCACUGAGCUCUGUAUUCUUUCUGAAACCAAUCACUUGUGGAUUCCUCUGGGAAUCCAUAGCUAUCCAGCCUCCCAUUACCCCAAGGUACUCCCACACAGCUCAUGUAGACAAUGGGAAGCUUUUGCUGGUUGGAGGGGUCUGGAUUCAUUCCUCCGCAGUUCCUGGAGUGACUGUUAUUGAUUUGUCUACAGGAUUGAGCUUUGAGUAUCGGAUUGACACAACAUGUGUGCCAUGGCCAUUAAUGUUACACAAUCAUACCAGCAUCCUCUUUCCUGAAGAGCAACAGCUCCUGCUCCUUGGAGGUGGUGGAAACUGCUUUUCCUUUGGCACCUACUUCAACCCCCAUACAGUGACAUUAGACCUUUCUUCUUUAAGUGCUAGACAGUAAAGACUGGCACUUAAAGACUGGACUUCCUUUAUAGUCAGGACCCACUAAAGUGGACAAUAAAGCUUUCCAAAAUAGGAUUUGACUCUGGCUUUGCAUAGUACCACUCCCCCUUCCCACUCAUUUUUUUGUUUUUGGUUUUUUCUUAGCACUGCUAUUCAGUGCAGAAAGGGGGGGGGAAAUUUUUUUUUUAAACACACCAAAAUUCCAAAAGAUAGUACAAAAAUGGAGUGGUCAUAUAGUCCUAGAGUAGGAUUUGGGGGCCUUUGGAUCCCCAUAUCUAAUUUCUUGGUCUUCCUCCCACUUUCUAAUCUGAGUUUACCCAUUUAUUGAGUUACAAUGACCUUUCGCCUAAGUAAAGUGAAAAACUUCCCACUCCCAGGCUUUGUGAUUUUAAAUGGGACCUUGGAAAAAGUUUCACACAGAUCCCUGCUAAGAACACAAGGUUGAAUAUGGGUGAAGGGACAUGGUUUUGACUUCAUUCUUCAUGUACGAAACCUGAAAUGAACCCAGUUGCAGUUUGAUUAAAGCACUGCGCCAUUUAGCUCAGCAGAGAGCUCAGAUAGCUUUAAUAAGACAUUUAUAUGACUUUAUUGAGACACAUGCUUUUGUUCAAUUUUUUUUUUUGCCACUAGUUCCAUACUUGUUUAUAUUUAUAAAUGCUGAUAAAACGGUUUGAUUUCUCAGCUCAGUUUGUACAUGGUAUGAAAAUGUUUUGUUCCAUAUCUACACUCCAUGCUUCACUAUGUUCUGUGCCCCAGGAGGUCAACCUUUAUGAACUGCAUCAAUGAGUUUUCUUGUUCUCUGGUUCCUGGAGAGUUCCAUCAGUCAAGUAGCAGAGAAGGAUGGUUCGACAGGAAGAGUGAGCCAGGCUAUUCCCAGUGUUUCCCCAGCAGGCUGAAAGUUGGCAGCAGCUGCAUUCUUCAGUCAAAAGCCACACCAUGAGUUGACUCGGCAUCACUCCAAAGAAUUCAGCAUCUUUGUUGCAUUAACCACAUCUUAAGUGUCCAAUAGCCACAUGUGACUAAUUGUUAUAGAAUUAGACAAUGCAGACGUAGAACAUUUCCAUCACUGCAGAAAGAUCUGGACUCCACUGAGUGAUCUCAGACCUUGAAGUCCUGCUCUAUUCCAUAUUCAUGUUGUGAUCCUAAAUUCACCCUCAAACAACUCACACCUACUCUAGGACCCAUCCUAAUAGAUAUCUUCUGGAAAACACUCCUGUAUGUGAGCCCAAAAUAUAAUCAAUCACUGUCUUCCUGUGCGAGAGGAGCCUGUGCUCUUUGGACAGUCUGGUGAUUAAGAGAAGAACUAGUUACAGGAUUUUCUAAUGAAAAGCCGAAAGAUUGAUGCUUUUGAACUGUGGUGUUGGAGAAGACUCUUGAGAGUCCCUUGGACUGCAAGGAGAUCCAACCAGUCCAUCCUAAAAGAGAUCAGUCCUGGGUGUUCAUUGGAAGGACUGAUGCUGAAGCUGAAACACCAAUAGUUUGGCCACCUCAUGCGAAGAGUUGACUCAUUGGAAAAGACCCUGAUGCUGG